AUGAUCUGGCUAGUGUCAUGCAGAAAACUUGUAGCAGGCUAUGAGAAGACAGAUGAUGUUUCAGAGAAAACUUCUCUAGCUGAUCAAGAGGAACUGAGAACUAUAUUCAUCAAUCAGCCCCAGCUAACCAAAUUCUGCAAUAAUCAUGUCAGCACUGCAAAGUACAACAUAAUCACAUUCCUGCCAAGAUUCCUUUAUUCCCAGUUCAGAAGAGCUGCUAAUGCAUUUUUUCUUUUUAUUGCAUUACUUCAGCAAAUACCAGAUGUAUCACCAACAGGCCGUUACACAACACUGGUCCCUCUCUUAUUUAUUUUAGCUGUAGCUGCAGUGAAGGAGAUAAUAGAGGAUAUUAAAAGGCAUAAAGCUGAUAAUGCAGUGAACAAGAAACAAACUCAAGUACUACGAAAUGGUGCAUGGGAGAUUGUCCAUUGGGAAAAGGUGUGUGUUUGUGUUGAUGACUUUCAGAGCAUAAUGUAG